AUUUCUUAAUGCUAUUAUUUGAUGAAUGAAGUACUGUUUAUCGACCUAGUAAACUUGCUAAUUGCCUAGCUAUAAAUUUGAAGAUAUGUGGUGAACUUCAUUCCUCCUUGAAUCUUGAUAGACAGCAGGCUUAUUGGUAUUUUGGGUCAUGGAGAUUUUGAAUCUUGAAGAAAAAGUUAAAAGUGCAGAAGCUUUGAUUCAUCAGAAGAAUGAAGCUCGACUUGAGAUUGUUCAGAGAUUACAGAAGAGAGAGUUUGAUCGAUUCCAUAUUCGAACACAAUUAGAGAACCUAUCUCUGUACCAUGGACACUACAAAGUUGAUGCGAUUCGAUAUUUACAGGGAGCUCUAGAUGAGUAUGAUCAUGUCGAUGAAUUUACAAAGCAGAUUAAGUGCUCGUUUCAUCGGCUUAAAUGUGGGAGAAACUCCUUAGCAGAGGAGAAACAAAUCCUCAGAGAAAUCAAGUGUGCACAAGAACAAAAAGAAAAGUCAUGCGCAAAUCUUGAAGCCAAAAGUUGGGGUCACUGGCAAUUAGGAGAGGUGCUUUUGAACUCAAAGGAAUCGAUCAAAAGUCAAUUGGAUCGGCUGUACAAUGAACUUGAAGGAGAAAGCAAGCAACAGAAGGCGUAUUAUUCAAAGAUUAAGGGGCUUCAGAAAAGAUUGCCUCCUGUCGAAAGAGAGAUUAGUUCUUUGGAAAAAAAACUGGAAAAAAUAGAUUGCGAAAGAAAGGAAUUGUAUGAGCAUCUUGAACAACUUAGAGGUUGUGUCGACGCCUGUUCUGGAUUAUGAAUUGAAAGCACUAUCGCCCAGAUCAAUAAAGUUGGAUUUUUUUG